UUUUUAUCCAGUAUUGUUUCGGUGAUCUACGAGUUACAAAAUUCUGUGUUUAAGAGAUCCGGCUAUCAUUUAUCGUGGGGCAAUUAAUAAUAAUUUUUGGCUUAUAUCUUAAUAUUUUUUUAAACAUUAAUAUUUAAAAUUUAAUAAAUUUUGUAUAUUUUUUAAAUUAAAACGAAUCGGUUUAAUUAUGCCUGUUAAUAACCAAUCGCGUAUUAUUUCUAGAGAUCGAUUGAGAGGUCGCCAAUCUUUGGAAUCUCGACGUCGAUUAAUAGUUAUAAUACGACGUCUUCAUUUUUUCAACACCAUCCGCGAUUUAAGUAUAAUUAUCCGACCUUUAACGUCUUUUCAAAUUUAGCAAUGUUUCAAUGCCCGUCGUGUAAUCAUACCGAUUCGAAACAUGUUAUUGGAUGAACCGGCUGCGUUAUCGGCAACGAACAGACAUUUUGGACGAACGUUGCGCGGAUUGCGGGUGGUUUUACAUCGUUUACCAGCAACAUCAAAUCGCGCUUCGAGAACCCCCAGAGAGGGAUACAUUAUUUUACGUGGUUUUCCUGUAAUCUUGCCACCUUUGUUCCCAAUUGAGGAACGAGAGAUACCACCUAUCUCUCAACCUCGAUUGGAAGUCGCGUCCAUGGAAGACCAGCCGCAACCGCCCCGAGUACAGGCAACAACAACAAAUUCUACUUCGUCGUCCGUCUCUCCAAAUUUGCAACGAUGCGCCAACGAUGAUAUUUUACUUGAAACAACUGUCCCUUCAGAAGCUAACGAUCAACAUUUUCCAAAUUUAAAUAACAACGACGUGCCGGUGAAUGUAUUAUUACCGCCUCCUAGACGAAGGCACGCUGACAUACCUAUUAGAAGAACGCACCGACACGCUAUUACUUUAGCACAACGACAACCGUUUCAUGUAGAAAUUCAUUCGUGCGGGCCAAUGACUGACGUAUGCCCUUUUUGCAACGCUUUGUUUUUUGAAUUGGAACCGAAAAAUCGGAAUAAUAUUAGAUUAAUUUGUUGCAAAGGGGGCGAAGUUAUUCUACCGCCUUUAGGGGAAUGUCCGAGAGAAUUGCAUCAAUUAUUAACUGAGAAUACACCUCUUGCUCGGCAGUUUUUGAAUAACAUCCGUAAAUUGAAUAGUAAUUUUGCCAUGGCCUCCAUGCACGCCACUAUUCCUGCGGAUGUUAAUGUUGGACAAGGGGCUGUUUGUUUCACAAUCACGGGACAAAUUUACCACCACGCUCAGGAAAUCCCUCUAAAUGUGCCGCAUCGUGAUGAACCAAUCAGGAACAAUCAGUAUUAUUUUCUUGAUGUCACGGAAGCGCUCGAACGUCGCAACGAUUUUUUUGACUAGACGGGAAUAGAUCCGCAUCUUUUCCGGAUCCUCGAGGAAAUGUUGAGGCGCACGAACGUACUCGUCCAUAGUUACAUUUGCAUUCGGGGAAUGAUUCGGGAACGCAUCGAACGUGACGGGCCAAACUCGGUAGCGAACAUCGUGGUGAGAUUCAAACACAACAUCAAUAGAGAUCGACGGAAUUUUAACUUACCCGAGAGCCGCUGCGAAAUAGCAGCGGUAUUUGAUAACGAUAUACCGUUCGAUGUUGAUCUGCGAGUGUAUCCACGACGUCCGCUUAUCGACCAUCAAAAUAAAAUUAGUAAUUUGUCUCGUGUGUCUGAUCCCAUGGUGUACCCGUUACUCUUCCCUCACGGAGAGGACGGUUAUGGCGUGCGUCUCAGAUACGCGAGCAGACGAGACAAAAAGGUCUCGCUGCGGGAUUUUGUAACAGCACAGGUUGAUGGUACGUGACGAGACUUUUUCCAUAUUGCACAAUUCCGCGAAACUAUUUCAACAGUACGUGAUUGACACGUACGUGAAAAUAGAAUCGCAAGAGUUGUGGUGGUAUCGGACGAAUCAACGUCAAGUUCGGACCACGUAUUACAACCGCUUAAUCGACUACGUGCGUAAGCGCGUAGCCGAAGCGGGGCCUAAUGCGAGGAUCGGCCAUAUCAACAUCCUGCCGGCCGCGUUUAAGGGUAGUUGUCGCGGACAGAACAAACUAUACCUGGACGCUAUGGCAGUCGUUGCCAGACACGGUAAACCAGACUUAUUUAUAACGAUGACCUGCAACCCCCAUUGGCCAGAAAUUACUCAAAAUUUAAAUUUUAAUCAACGCGUGGAAAAUCGUCCAGAAUUGGUGUGCCGAGUCUUCCAUACAAAGCUCCAACAAUUCAUGGACGAUUUAGUCAAAGAACAAUUCUUAGGAAUCGUCCGCACAUUAUUCGAUCGAGUUUUAAAAAAGAGGACUGCCACACGCUCACAUUUUAAUCGGGUUCGAACUUACGGAUCGGAUCGACGACGCGGAGAAGAUGGACCGGAUUAUAUCCGCCCGGAUUCCCGACCGCGAAGUUGAGCCGGAUCUGUACGGUGUUGUGCGUGAUUAUUAUGUGCACCGUGUCUGCGGUCAAGACAAUCCGGCCGCCCCGUGUACCAACUUGGAGUCUCGCGUGUGCGCGAAAGGCUAUCCAAAAGCCUUUCGACGCGAUACCGUUCUAAAUUUCCACCGUUUCGACGGAAGACCGGAAUAUGCCCGUCCCGAUGACGGUCGGUUUGUCAUUUUCGCAGGCAAUCGUUAUGAUAAUCGGCGUAUCGUGCCUUACAACCGCUGGGCUGCGAUGAAAUAUCGGACUCACAUUAAUUUCGAAGGGGUCGGAUCUUUUGCCUCUAUCCGAUACCUGUACAAAUAUUGCCACAAAGGACCAGAUUGUAUCACCAUCCAAAUGCGCGGGCAGAAUAAUGAAGUCGAUUGGGACGAGAUUAGUAACUAUACCGACUGUCGAUAUAUCAGCUCGAUGGAAGCGUGCUGGCGUAUUUUCGCGUAUAAAUUACACGAUCGUUCCCACGCCGUAGUUACGUUGCCCGUUCACUUGGAGAAUGAACAACUCGUCACUUUCGAUGAAGAUGACGACGAAGAUGAAUUACUGACCCGUGUCGCGGACGCAACAAACUACGUGUCUAAAUUGGUGGCGUAUUUCCGUCUGAAUGCGGUCGACCCCGAAGCACGGCGGCUGCGCUACGUCGAGAUACCCGAAAACUACGUUUGGUUUAGAGGAGAGGGGGAAUGGCGUGCGCGUCAACAUUUUAAUAAAAUCGUGGGAGUUAUACGGGAAGUAUCCCCGUUGGAUGACGAUAGGUUUCACCUGCGUAUUUUGUUACAACAUUUACGGGGCGCCACCUCCUUCGAAUCGAUCAGGACGCUAGCCGACGGGUAUGUCUGUCAAGCGUACCGUGAAGCCUGCGAGAAGCGUCGGUUACUCGCCAAUUUUGACAUUUACCGCAACGCGAUGCGCGAGGUUUGCGAUCGCGAUUUGCCGCCGCGCGUCAGAAAUUUUUUCGCUCUAAUUAUUUUAGUUUCAUUCGAGCGCCAUCGGCACGAAAUACCGGCCUUAUGAGAAGAGUUCAAAGAUCCUUACAUAAUCGCUGAUCUCAUAAGACGCGGUAUUCCGCGGCCGAUCGCGCUUCGCCGCGCUCUCAUUAAUAUUGAUCAAAUCGUGGCGGCAAAUCGCGAGGGAAUAAACCUCAACGAGAUCGGUCUGGACGACCCGGAAGCUGUUGGCGUCAAUGAAGCGAACGCGUUUGCGGAAGUGAGACAAUGCGCGCCGGCGUCAGACGAGCACGAGAAUGUGCUCUUGAGAUUCGGGGACAGAGUGUACGAGUUGAACGCGGAUCAACGUACUGUUUACAACGCCGUUAUUUACACUUUGUUAAAAAAUAGAAACAGCGUAGAUUCGGAGAGUGCGUUGCGACAUUUCCACCUAGACAGGGCUAUCGUUGCGGGACUGGAGGCGGACGAGACGUUCGUCAACAGAAAUUUAUUUUUUGUUGACGGGCCCGGCGGAACUGGCAAAACUUUCUCUAUAACGUAAUCGCGGAGCGAAUUCUGUCUGCCGGCGGUGCCCGUC